AGUGCCGAGAGGCCUGGAUUUGUUGUGCAGUUUUGGAAUUGCGUGGAGACAAGGUGGCCAAGCUUGCACUGAAGACCCCAAAGUCAGAAUUGUUGACGUUAUCCAGAAAGUACAGUCAUGUCAGUCCAAUUCAACCCAUUGUAGCUCUUCUUGCAAUGGAGAGUUGUGAUCGUACCAUGGAAGGGUUCUGUAGAGAUUUGAUUCACUUUGGGCCCCUGACAACUGAGAAAGAUCACAUAAGCGUAGACACUCUGGUCACGGAACUACGAGACAAAGAAAAGGAAUACUUGAACAAAAUCGCAGAGUUAGAGAAAGCACUAAACAAGGAAAUGACUGAAAACAGCAUGAAAUUGACAAAGGUACACAAAAAACUGGAGUCAGUGGAGAAAGAGAUGAUGAAUCGUGAGAUUUCAUUGGUUGAUGCCGAGGAGAAAAUAAGACGUCAUUGCGAAAAUAAGCUUCAGCAGGCAAAGGAUGAAAAUAAUGCAAACUGGGAAAAUUUCCAGAGAGAGUUGAAAAAGUUGACAGCAGACAUUGUUGAGUUACGGAGUGAUCUGAAGUUCAAAGAUGAACAGCUUUGUAAAGUUCGUAAACAGAUGAGCAGCGAUGCUGAAGUUUUUCAUCGCAAAGAAGAAAAUUUGGUUGAGGAACUGCGUCAUUAUGUGGACAAACUGCGAGACAGGACAGAGUUGCUGUCACAGAUCUGCACGGACGGUUCCAGUAGUGGUGAGCAAAUGACCAAGGACAGUUGUCGUAAGCUGGCAGGGAUUUGUGACAUAGUUCUGCAGGAUUUACAGAUGGAAAAGUUCUUGUGCGCUGUUUGUAAAGCUCACAGAAAAAACACAUUGUUCUUGCCAUGUGGCCAUUACUCGUAUUGCAAAGAAUGUGCAAGAUCAUUACAGAUGUCAGGCUGUUGUCCGUUGUGCAAAAUGACAAUUACUGGAUUUCAGAUUGUUUAUGAGUAAAACCAAAACUGUACAAGAUAAAAAGAAAAAAAACCCAACAAAAACGUGUAUUCUCAUCCUGGGUGUGCAAUUCUAUGAGUUUUGUUAUAUUCUCAUAAAUUUAUGAAGAAAAGAGAAAUGCUUAGUUUUGUAUUUAUAUGGCAUAUUAUAUUGACAUUUAGCACUCACUACUAAUUUAUACAUUUUUAUAGUCAACAAGUUCUUAACAGUAAACUCUGAAAAGCCAGAAUUAUUUAUAAAUAUAUAUCAGCUAAUAAUUGUAAUAUUUUCUCCGGCUUCACUUGUGCAUAGGAAUCUGGUUUCUUCCCACCAUAAUGCUGGAUGCCGCCAUAUAAGUGAAAUAUUCUUGAGGGCAAACACCAAUCAAAUAAAUAAAUAAAUAAAUAAAUAAUAUUUUCUUACAUUUAUGAUGACAUUUAUGAGCACAUGUACAUUUGGGUUUAUUUUGUUAGAGCAUGUUUUAUUCAUAUUAUUUAUUCACAACUUUAUAUUUUUUAUAGUACACAGUGUAUAUUCCAAGAAAGGAGAAUAUUACCUACGUGUAUUUUAGAUGUACAGGGUAUACAUUCUUAAUGGUGCAAAAUUGACUCUUGUUGUGGUUUGAAAGAUACCUAAAAUUUUGUGAAAAUUGAUGGGCACUGAGCCUAAUUUUUGUUAGUUUCCGAGCCUAUUACUUAAUAGGCAAGGAAUCUCUUCUGUGAUAUUUAUUUACUGGUCUGAUUGUCUGACUGCCAGUGAAUGUAUUUUUUAAGACUUUGCUGUCUGAAUUGGCUAAUACACAAGUUUUCAGUGUCACCUUAUACACUUAAGGAUGUAACUCUUGGGAAUGUAAACAAACUGUCAGCAUGCUGAAAAGAACUAGAACUGGCUAAGCCAAUGUCCACACAACCAAACCCAGCUUACUGAAUGGUCAAGCAGCACCACAUGGAUUUUUUUUUAGUUUUUUUUUUUUUUUUACGUUUCAAAUGCGAAACAAUCAGCUUGUGACCUAUAUACACCUGCUGUUCUGUCCAGUAAAGAUUCUGAUUGAUUGUAGCAAACUUUAAACAUGGUGGGGUGGGGCCUCUGUGGCCGAGGAGGGUAGCACACCAACAUGCUGCAAUGACUCGGGAGCCUCUCACCAAUGCGGUCGCUUUGGGUUCAAGUCCAGCUUAUGCUCGUUUUCUCUCAGGUUGUACGUUGGAAAGUCUGCCAGCAACCCGUGGAUGGUUGUGGGUUUCUCUGGGCUCUGCCCAUUUUCCAUAAAACAUAAUGCUUAUUGUCGUACAUACUAAGUGUGAUAUUCUUGAAUACAGCGUAAAACACCAAUCAAAUAUAAAAUAAACAAACGUGACCCAAAAUGACCUAAAAUUUCACAUUAGUGCAUGAUUACCUUAAAGUCAUUCUGACAGGCUUAUUGAUCGUAGCAUUUAAUUGUUUUGAGGUUUGUUUGGAAGGAGCCUCGGAGAGCCUGCAUUAUUCUUAUUUGUUGCAGCACCAAAGGUAAAUAUUUUAAGACUGAUUUUUUUAUAGCCUGAAUUGUUUAGUAACAGUUCCACAAAUGUCUUUCUAUCAAUUGUUCAAUCAGUCAAUCAGUUUUAGCCAAUCAUAAUCCUAAACAAGUCAAUUUUUACAGUUUUUAAAAUGAAUUUGGAGUAAAAUAUAUCAAAUGAAACUUCAGCAGUGUUAUUAUUUUUUUAAUUUAAUAGAACUUAGAACAUAUGAAUUAAAAACAUAGACAGGUACACAGGCAUGGUAAAUGACCUGCAAUUUGGCAUGUGACUUUGUAAAGGUCCACAUUUUACCUGAUUCUGACAGUUCUGUUGGUCUUGGAAAGGUGUUUUGAGGUUUACUUCGAACGUAGGACUGAUAUCCCACUGGACAAAUGCAAUUUUCGGCCCCAGAAGUGGUCUAAUAUUUUAUGAAAAUUGCGUCUAAGACUGCACCUGUUUAGAUGAAAGAUUAGGCUCAUACUCUUCACAGCGCAUGCGUCACUCUAUACCUUUCGGUUUGCGUCACUGCAACCGCUAGCAAAUUUUGUACAGAAAUCUCGAACAAUGCUGAGGUCACUGUGGUCACGGUGAGGAGGCAGGAAGUGAUGUCACGAAAUAUAAAAACUGUCAAUCUUUGUUUCUAACAAUACUUUAUACCCAUUCAGUCUCUCCAUCAGAAGUACGUCUGCAUAACCUGAUUCUAACCCACACCUAAAACAAUUUUACUAACGAGUGCUGAUUACAUAGUUCCUUGCAAGGACAUGAGUGAUGAGGCUAAGCCUAAACAAGCCCACGUAUGUCGCAAAGGUCAAGCCAGCCUAGAUGUGGCCGUGAUAAAAAGCGGACGUCGGGUGCGACGCAUGUGCAGGUUGGUUGGUCAUUAAUUAUUGAGCAUCGUACCAAUAUUGCAAU